UGAAAUGUCAUGAUAUCUGUGUUCUAACGUCUCUUAAAAUUUGAAAACUUUGUUUCAUUGUUUCUUUGAUAUUUAAUCAUAUAGGAAACAAUAAAAAAUGUCCCACAAAUCAGAUGAACAAUUAUUGAAAUCUAUAGGGGUUGAACCCAAAAAAAUAGAGAAGAGUGCUAUUGGAUAUACAGCCAAUUUGGCCAGAAAAAUGAUGGCUCAUGAGGGAUACAGCAAUCCUGACUAUCCAUGGAGUCUUGAUGAUUUUGAGAUUGGAUAUAGGUUGGGCCGAGGAAAAUUUGGAAGAGUCUUUCUUGCUAAAGAAAAGAAGACUGGCUACAUUGUUGCCAUGAAGACCAUAUUGAAAAAGGAAGUUGUAAAAGGACAUGUUGAAACACAAGUGCAACGUGAAAUUGAAAUUCAAAGCCGUUUGAAGCACCCCAACAUUUUACAGAUGUUAUGUUGGUUUCAUGAUGAUUUUAGGAUUUACUUGAUUGUGGAGUAUGCUGGCCAAGGUGAAUUAUAUGGCCAUUUACAAAAGGCACCUGGUGGGCAUUUCGAUGAACAUCUUUCGGCCAAAUAUACUUUCCAAGUAGCUGAUGCCUUGAAUUAUUGUCAUCAAAACCAUGUCAUACACAGAGACAUUAAACCUGAAAAUUUGCUUCUAACUUGCAAUGGAGAUGUUAAAUUAGCAGAUUUCGGUUGGUCCGUCCAUGCCCCCUCUUUAUCUAGAAAGACAAUGUGCGGUACAUUGGAUUACCUACCUCCAGAAAUGGUAGAGGGCAAGAUCUACAGUCAUUAUGUGGAUAUUUGGUGUUUGGGUGUUCUUUGUUAUGAAUUCUUGGUUGGUAAACCACCAUUUGAAAGUGCCGAAACUGAAGAAACAUAUAGGAGGAUCCAAAAAAUUAUAUUGACUUAUCCUGAACACAUUACACCAAUGGCCAAAGAUUUGAUUUCAAGGUUAUUGGUGCAUGAUGGUAAUAAAAGAAUGACUUUGAAGGAUGUUAUGAGGCACCCGUGGAUAGUGAAGAAUAUGUAGUACCUAUAAUUAAUUUUUUCUUUUAUACUAUUUAUUUUUACCAUACAAUCAAUGUAUUGAUCUUGUAAUAAAUAGUUUAUUCUCUUAA